AUGCUCACUGACAUUAGCGACUACCGUAUGCCCACUUUCUUCCCUGGUGAUCAGAAGGCUGUUUUCGGCAGCAAGGCGGGAAAGUUAUCUCCUGAAAGCUCAAAGAUGACUUCCAAAUAUCCAGCCGCAAAGGCCAGCAAGAACAUCAAAAGCCCUAGAACGGCUUCGAGUCUCAGACAAUACCGCCAGGACGACGAUUUGGCUUCACAGCCGGAAACGGUGUAUUCGCAACAGAGUGGCAGCCCAAAAUACGCACCCGACAACGCCAACAUGCGAAAUCUAUCUCAAUGGCAUGACAACACUGGGCGAGAGGGUCCUUCGCAAUACGAACGACGGCCUGAGCAACGCGAGGCUCAACAAUAUGAGCGGUUCACCUCCGACCCAGCGCUGUCAGCACUCCCCGACGUUAACAUAUACGAGCAUAUUCUAUUGCUUCGCAAGCAUGGAAUGUCGGUGAAGCUCGACCGCGAAGCAGCCAGAAUAAUGCCCCAGCCAGGACGCGACGAGUUCAACAACCACGACAACUCUAUCGAACACAACCCACUUACUGACAGACACAAUCCCUCGCGCGAAGAGAAGCAAAACGUCAGCCAUGCGCUCGAAUUCGUCUUGCGCCGCGGCGGAAAGAUCGACAUUCCUCCUUUCGAGCCACGGCCGGACAUUGCAUGCCUUCUCAUGCUGAAAGAGCACCUGGAAGACGAACACAAGAUUUACAAGCACUUGAGUCUGGACUUCGGCGGUCUGAGAAACUAA